GUUAAUGUAGACAGAAAACGACGGAGGUGUGAUUAUGGACUUUGUUAACGCAAGGUUUUUUUUUUUUUUUUUUUAAAAAUAAAAAAAAUUAAUAUAGAUUAAAAAAAACGUUCCUUUUGUGACGGAAUACUUUGUUUUUAUUGUGUAUUUUUGGCUGCACACAUCUAAAGGUCUCCUCCUUAGCCUUAGCGCCGGCGGUUUGGCUCCGGCUGUUAGCUCGGCAAAUCAUGGCUGAAACGGUGCGAGUGGUGCAGUGAGGAGAAAUAAAGGAAAGAAAAGAAAAGAAAAGAAAAGAAACGUAACAAACCGAACGAGCAGGUGGGGGACUUGGCUCAUCCGGGGACGAGAACGAUGUCCAAGCGGCAGUACGAGGAGUGGCAGAGCCCUAGGGACAGUUGACUUUCUUCGCAGCCAUGCUUGACCCUGGAAGUCUGAGCUGUCACCACUGGAGAAGAUCCGUGGCGCUACACUUCGUCUCCUGAGCUCUUCGGACGACAUGCCACCUCGGAAGGAGGAGUUUACUCGAUAGGAUUUACUGCAUCCUUGCGUUUUAUCAUUUUUUUCAUUUUUUUUUUUAACGUAAUGAAUGACUGCGAGCAAGUUUCGUGACAAUUGUCGGAUACUUUUAACGGCUGUCGCCAAAGGGGGUGUGGAAAGUGAAGGAAGGAAGAAAUCUCCAACUUACGGAGAACAUUGGACCAUUGGGAAGCAUGGCAUCGGUGUGGAAAAGAUUACAGCGUGUGGGGAAACAUGCGUCCAAGUUCCAGUUUGUGGCAUCUUACCAGGAACUCAUGGUGGAAUGCACCAAGAAAUGGCAACCGGACAAGCUGGUGGUGGUUUGGACGCGCAGGAGUCGGCGGAAGUCCUCCAAGUCCCACAGCUGGCAGCCGGGCAUAAAAAACCCGUACAGAGGUGUGGUCGUCUGGCCUGUUCCGGAGAACGUGGAGAUCACCGUCACACUCUUCAAGGACCCUCAUGCGGAGGAGUUUGAAGACAAGGAGUGGACGUUCGUCAUUGAAAAUGAGUCCCCGUCGGGACGACGGAAAGCGCUGGCCACCAGCAGCAUCAACAUGAAGCAAUACGCGAGCCCCAUGCCCACCCAGACGGAUGUGAAGCUCAAGUUCAAGCCACUCUCCAAGAAGGUGGUGUCUGCCACGCUGCAGUUCUCGCUCUCCUGCAUCUUCCUGCGUGAGGGCAAGGCCACGGAUGAAGACAUGCAGAGUCUCGCAAGCCUGAUGAGCAUGAAACAGGCCGACAUCGGCAACCUGGACGACUUUGAGGAAGACAACGAGGAGGACGAGGAGAACCGGGUCAAUCAGGAGGAGAAGGCUGCCAAGAUCACAGAACUAGUAAAGCAGCUGACUGCGCUCAGCAGCUCACACGUGGAGCCCCAGGAGAGCCCCAAGGGGGCCACGGAGCUUCCCGCUAAGUCCACGAGCUCCUCCGAAGAGCUCAUCAACAAGCUGAACUUCCUGGAGGAUGAUGAGCAGGACACUCCCAACAUGAGUACAAACCCCUUUGAGGACCCCGGCGACCCUGCUGAUCUGAACCCCUUCGGGGACCCUGAUGAGGAAGAGCCUGCCGUUAAGCCUGCCUUCCCAGUCCAGCUUAAGGACGAGGAGCUCUCCUACGACCGGGACCCCUCAAACCCAUUCAACGAGGCGGAUCCCGAGCUCCCGCAAUAUGGGAACCCCUUUGGCGAGCCCGACGAGGAGACAGAGGCUCCGCCUAUCAGGGCCGAAGAGCCCGCUCCCAAACCCGUGAAGAAGAACAUACGUCCCGUGGACAUGAGCAAAUACCUGUACGGCCCGACCACGACUGGCGACGACGAGGAGCUGGAUGAGUCGAACCCAUUCUAUGAGCCUCGGACCUCCAGUCCUGCUGUACCUCCGGGACCCCCGGUGGACAGCAAGACCAAGAGAAGGGCCCCUGCACCCCCUGUUACCACCACUGCCUCUUUUCCCCCCACACCAAAGAUAGCCCCUGAGAAGGAAGUGGCCGGCUUUGCAGCAGUGAGGCAGGAGCUGGUGUCUUCCUCCCCGAAGCCCAGCCCCAUCCCCAGUCCGGUUCUGGGCGGGAAGCCUAACGCAAGCCAGUCGCUGCUGGCCUGGUGCAGAGAGGUGACACGAAACUAUCGUGGUGUCAAGAUAACCAACUUCACCACCUCCUGGAGGAAUGGCCUGGCCUUCUGCGCCCUGCUACACCACUUCCGUCCAGACCUCAUUGACUACAAGUCCCUGAAUCCACAGGACAUCAAGGAGAACAACAAGAAGGCAUACGAUGGGUUCGCCAGCCUGGGUAUCUCGCGCCUGCUGGAGCCCUCCGACAUGGUGCUGCUGGCCAUCCCAGACAAGCUGACCGUCAUGACCUACCUGUACCAGAUCAGGGCGCAUUUCAGCGGCGAGGAGCUCAAUGUGGUGCAGAUUGAGGCCAACAGCAGCCGCAGCACCUACAAAGUGGGCGACUUUGAGACGGACACGGAGAGCUCCAUCGACCAAGACAAGUUCUAUGCAGAGCUCAACGACCUGCAUCGGGGGGCCGAGUCACAGCCGUCUGCCGAGGCCCCCCAGGGAGAAGGGGCUCAACCCUGCUCUGGAGGUGAAGAGGGGCCCUGCAUAGCUAUCGUGGGCUUAGGGGCACCUCCUUUACCCUUGGCGGGUUCCAUUCCCAGCCUCGAACCUCCACCGUCACCGCUUUCCCGAAGCUCUGACUCGAACUCGGAGUUGCAGCAGGCACUGAGAUCCCCUGUUGGACCCACGGGGGGCGGGGGAGUGGACGUGGCACCAUCCCACCUGACGUCGGGGAAGAGGAGGCUGCUGAAGGCAGAUACUGUGGACCUGGGCGACCUGCAGCCCAGGAGAGAGGAGGAGCAGGAGGCACAGCAGCAGGUUGGAGCUGCGUCCCUCAGAGUGCCUGCGGGCGAUGGGGAGAGAGAGCGCGAGCGACUGGAGGAGGCCGGCACCCCCACCCAGCGCCUCGGCUUCUCCUACAACAGAGACGCCGAUCUCCUCAAGAAGAAGAGGGCCAGUCUGCGGCACUCGGAGUCCGAACCGGCCAACGAAGGGCAGCAGCGGCAUGCGGAUGGGGCCCCUCAGCGCAGCGCACAGGAACCAACACCUCCCCCAGCAACACACACCUUGGAGGAAAAGAAGGUGCAGUCGCGCCAGGAGGAGCUGAAGGAGAGAGCCAGGCUCCUGCUGGAGCAGGCCCGGCGAGAUGCCGCCGCCAAAGCUGGAAGCAAGGCAGGGGGAACGGCCCAUUGGACAGCCCCAGGCAGAGCGAUGCACGCUGCCGAUGAGAAGGACGAAGAGCGGCGCCGACAGCUGAGGGAACGGGCUCGGCAGCUCAUCGCAGAGGCUCGAUCAGGGGUCAGGAUGGCGGAAAUGCCGCUCUACGGCGACACCACAGCGGGGGACAAACUGAAGGCCAGGGUCCGACCUCCCGCAGAUUUGAGGGCGGAGGAGAGAACUGCGGCAGAGCAGCAGCAGGAGGAUGAUGGUGGUGGUGGCGGUGCUGAUGAAGCGGCUGCAGAUGCUGGUGUUGUAGAUACUAAUCCAGAGGAGGCUGCUGCUCACUGCUGUGUAGAGGGGGCCAAUGAUCUCACUAACACACGCAGGGAGUGUCUUUCUCCUGGCAUACAGAACAGCAAACCUGUGGACCCAAAGCUUAAGAAAGUUCCAGAGCUACAACCGGCCCCUGUUAAUUCCUCCCAACUGGCAGAACUUGCCUCUGAGGUGCGGAGCCCAGGGGUGGGACCGGAUCUGACAGGCCUGCAGAACAAUGUUGAUGAGCUGCGGGCCGAGCGACUGCGUAGGGCUGCAGAGCGGCUGCGCAGUCCCGUGGUCUUCAACAAGGAGGCAGCCGUCCGGAAGACACAGCUCAAGUCCUUCAGCCAGUAUGUGGAGACGAGGCCAGAGGUGAAAAGACAGAGGUCUGUCCCUGAGGAGCCAAAGAGAGUCGGCGAGGACAGGGGCCCAGCGGCAGACGUUGAGCGCAAGCCAUAUGAAGACGAGAAGGCAUUCAAGGACACAAGCCAGUAUGUAGUGGGGGAGCUGGCGGCUCUGGAGAGUGAGCAGAAGCAGAUCGACACACGGGCGUCACGGGUGGAGAAGAGGCUGCGUUACCUCAUGGACACAGGGAACAACAAGGAGGAAGAGGAGUCCAUGAUGCAGGAGUGGUUCACACUGGUCAAUAAGAAGAACGCCCUGAUCCGACGGCAGAACCAGCUGUCCCUGCUGGAAAAGGAGCACGACCUUGAGAGACGCUUCGAGCUGCUGAACCGGGAGCUCAGAGCCAUGCUGGCCAUCGAAGACUGGCAGAAGACAGAAGCGCAGAAGCGCCGUGAGCAGCUGCUGCUGGACGAACUGGUCAUUUUGGUGAACAAGAGGGACGCGCUGGUCAGGGACUUGGAUGCACAGGAGAAGCAGGCUGAAGAGGAGGACGAGCACCUGGAGCGCACGCUGGAGCAGAACAAGGGAAAGAUGGCCAAGAAAGAGGAGAAAUGUGCCCUUCAGUGACGGCUCUGGAAGGAAACGCGUUUUGUUCAGUGAAAUGUAUCUUCAUAAUAGUGAGUAUUAAAGAAAACACUUUAAGAGAUGUGGCACGUGUUGCAAUUGGUGCACGUGUCUGGUGGAGGGGUCCACGCAUCGUCCCUCAGUGGCUUCUUACCACUUUAAAGUCCACUGCUGCUUUUUCUUCGUCUUUGUUUCAUUGUGUUUGCUUUGGUCAAACAUGCCAGGUACUUUUAUUUAAAAUGUGCAACUGCAGCACAAGUGGGGGGAGGAGAAUGAACCAAAACCAUAGAAAUCAUGUGAGCACCGAGAGAGACGGUUUACAUGGCGGAGAAGGUAUUUACCUUGGUGACUGAGGUGUUAAGAGGUGGCCGCUUCCCUGUGGGCCCGAGGACUCUGCUGGGGGGGGUCGGAACUUUCAUAAUAGGGAUUCUUCCGCUACCUAAGGGGAGGGGGAGGAAGGGGAGGGACUCGGACCUGCGCCCACAUGAGCCACAAACCCAUCCUUUCAGAUCCUCCUCACGCCAAACCUGACGUGUUUUACCUGCUCUCAGGUUGUCUUUGGACAAAGCUCUUUUGGUUUUACUUUUUUUU